AUGACUAGGUCUUCGGUCCCAGAAGGGGCUCCUUCCCCUCUCAAUAGAAGUUUCCUGUCAAACGGCACCAAUGGAGCUUCUAUGUCCACCCAGGCUCAUGGCAGCGAGACCGAAUUCCUGAUCGUCGGUGCAGGGCCGGCUGGAGCAUCGCUAGCAUGCUUCCUGACUUCAUACGGUUUGAAAGGGCUCAUGGUCAGUGCUGCGCCUGGGACGGCUAAUACCCCCCGGGCGCAUAUUACCAACAUGGCGGCGCAGGAAUGUCUCCGGGAUAUCGGCCUUGAUCAGGAGAUGGAAAACGUUGCAUCUCAAGGAAACCAUAUGAUACAUACUAGAUGGUGCCAUAGUAUGGCUGGAGAGGAAUACGCUCGCAUUCACUCUUGGGGACAUGAUCCAAAGCGCAUGGGAGACUAUGAGUCUGCCAGCCCAUGCAAGCCCCUCGACCUUCCACAAACACUUCUCGAACCUAUUCUCGUCCGCCAUGCUACGGCUAAUGGUUUCAAAGCUCGCUUCGACACGACUCUACUAAACUUUACACAAGAUGCAGACGGUCUCUACACUGUGGAUUUGCGGGACAAUAUCUCGAAAAGUGAAUAUCAAGUUAGAACCAAAUAUAUCUUCGGCGCCGAUGGGGCUCGCAGCCAGGUCAUCAAGACCGUCAACCUUCCCAUGUCUAUCAAGUCGGGUCAGGGCCUUGCCAUCAAUAUUCUCGUCAAAGCAGACUUGUCUCACCUCAUGAAGCACCGACAAGGCAAUCUUCAUUGGGUGAUGCAACCAGAUCGCGAGCAUCCACAGUUCGGAUGGCAGGGAAUUGUACGCAUGGUCAAACCAUGGAACGAGUGGAUGUUCAUCCUCUUCCCUGAUCGAGACUGUGAUAUCAAUAUCCAACCUUCUCAUGAUGAGUAUCUGCGUCGCGUGCAGGAUUUUAUUGGAGAUGAUACCCCAGCCGAGAUUCUCGACAUAUCCAAGUGGUAUAUCAACGAGAUUAUUGCGGAGCAAUACUCUGUCGGAAAUGUUAUGUGUCUUGGAGAUGCAGUUCACCGGCAUCCCCCGAUGAACGGUCUCGGGUCAAACACCUGCAUCCAGGAUGCGUUCAACCUAGCAUGGAAGGUUGCCUAUGUGCACCGUGGUCUUGCCGACAAGUCAAUUCUUGACACGUACAGCGCCGAGCGUCAGCCAGUAGGCAAAUCCAUCAUUACUCGAGCCAACCAAGCCUUCCGGGAUCAUUUCAACAUCUGGGAGGCACUGGGUACUCUACCGAAGGAAUUAUCAGACCGGAAAGCCAUAUUGGAGGAACUCUCGAGUGAGACUGAAAAGGGCAAGAUCCGCCGCAAGGCAUUCCGUGAAGCCAUCACCUCAACCUCCCGCGAGUUCCACGCCCUGGGUAUCGAGAUGGGCCAGUGUUAUUCCGGCAACGGCGUCUACACCGCAGAUGAACCGCAUCCCUAUGCGCCAUCUGGGCCAGCUGCAGAGGACGACAUUCUUUACUACGAGCCCAGUACCUACCCCGGUCGUCGACUUCCUCACGUGUGGUUGAACACAGCUAUUCCCGGUCCCCGGAAAUCCACGAUCGACCUGGCCGGACACGGUGCCUUCACACUCCUGAUUCGCGGACCUGGGGGUCAGGUGUGGAAGGAUGCUGCAGUGAAUUUGUCGAAGCAACUGAAUAUUCCCAUCAAUGCUUACAGCAUUGGAUACCGGGAGGAUUGGGAAGAUGUUUACUUUGAGUGGGAUCGUCUGAGCGGGGUGGAAGAGUCUGGAGUUGUUUUGGUGCGACCCGAUCGGUUCGUCGCGUGGAGGGCCCAAAAGGCUCUCCCUAGCACGAGCGAUUGCGAGAAGAAGCUGGGUUUGGUUAUGCGGUCUGUUCUGGGACUUUCGUGUUCCAAUGGGGUUCAUUAA